AUUUUAAGAUGUAUUUUCCACAGUUAACAUGUUAUUUUUGAUUACUUUUUUCCAGGUGAUUCAUGGCAGGGGACGUGGAAGGAUUCUGUUCUUCCAUCCAUGACACCAGUGUCUCUGCUGGGUUCAGAGCACUGUAUGAGGAGGGAUUGCUUCUUGAUGUCACUCUGGUUAUUGAAGAUCAUCAGUUCCAGGCCCAUAAAGCACUCUUGGCCACCCAGAGUGACUACUUCAGAAUUAUGUUCACUGCAGAUAUGAGAGAGCGAGAUCAAGACAAAAUUCACUUAAAAGGUCUAACUGCUACUGGUUUCAGCCAUGUCCUUCAGUUUAUGUACUAUGGCACUAUAGAACUGAGCAUGAAUACCGUUCACGAGAUUCUUCAGGCAGCUAUGUAUGUUCAGCUUAUAGAGGUGGUGAAAUUUUGCUGUUCAUUUUUGUUAGCAAAAAUCUGCCUAGAAAAUUGCGCAGAAAUAAUGAGGUUGCUAGAUGAUUUUGGUGUUAACAUCGAAGGAGUAAGGGAGAAAUUGGACACCUUUCUCCUAGACAAUUUUGUUCCUCUCAUGUCCAGGCCCGACUUUCUCUCCUAUCUGAGCUUUGAGAAGCUCAUGUCUUAUUUGGAUAACGACCAUCUGAGCAGGUUUCCAGAAAUAGAGUUGUACGAGGCUGUACAGUCAUGGCUUCGACAUGACAGAAGACGCUGGCGACACACUGAUACCAUCAUUCAGAACGUCAGGUUUUGUUUGAUGACUCCAUCCAGCGUUUUUGAGAAGGUUAAAACAUCAGAAUUUUACAGAUACUCCCGACAGCUACGCUAUGAAGUUGACCAGGCAUUGAAUUACUUUCAGAACGUUCACCAGCAACCUUUAUUGGAUAUGAAGUCAAGCCGUAUUCGAUCUGCCAAACCCCAGACUACAGUAUUCCGAGGAAUGAUUGGACAUAGCAUGGUUAACAGUAAAAUACUUCUCUUAAAGAAACCCAGAGUCUGGUGGGAGCUGGAGGGUCCACAAGUUCCUCUGCGCCCAGACUGCCUUGCCAUUGUCAAUAACUUUGUGUUCCUAUUGGGCGGAGAAGAACUAGGCCCAGAUGGAGAAUUUCAUGCUUCCUCCAAAGUAUUCAGAUAUGACCCGAGACAAAAUUCUUGGCUCCGAAUGGCAGACAUGUCUGUACCAAGAUCAGAAUUUGCAGUUGGUGUCAUUGGAAAGUUCAUCUAUGCGGUAGCAGGCAGAACAAGAGAUGAGACUUUCUAUUCUACUGAGAGAUACGACAUCACCAACGACCAAUGGGAAUUUGUGGAUCCUUACCCUGUGAACAAAUAUGGACAUGAAGGGACAGUGCUCAAUAACAAGCUGUUUAUCACUGGUGGAAUCACCUCAUCUUCCACCUCCAAGCAAGUGUGUGUUUUUGACCCCAGUAAAGAAGGAACCAUCGAGCAACGAACCCGAAGAACUCAAGUAGUUACCAACUGUUGGGAGAAUAGGAGCAAAAUGAACUAUGCAAGAUGCUUUCACAAAAUGAUUUCUUACAACGGCAAGCUUUAUGUCUUUGGUGGUGUCUGUGUAAUCUUGAGAGCCUCUUUUGAAUCUCAGGGAUGCCCAUCCACCGAAGUGUAUAACCCAGAGACUGAUCAGUGGACCAUAUUGGCAUCCAUGCCAAUUGGUAGAAGUGGUCAUGGUGUGACUGUGCUGGACAAACAAAUAAUGGUUCUUGGAGGCCUUUGCUACAACGGUCAUUACAGUGAUUCCAUUCUCACUUUUGAUCCUGAUGAAAACAAAUGGAAGGAAGAUGAGUAUCCACGGAUGCCCUGCAAGCUGGAUGGUUUACAAGUAUGCAACCUGCAUUUCCCAGAAUAUAUACUGGAUGAGGUCAGACGUUGCAACUAAACAUCUUUCUCACUUAAAAAAGAAGCCAAACAAAAACAUUUGUUUGUGACAAAGUAGUUGAAAACAUAAAAGAAAAACCUCACCAGUUUUACUAUCAAAGCCAUUGGUCUUAUAUCAUAAAUU